AUGGCGGGUUUCACUGCACGUCUUACGCUCGUGGCGCUUGCUCUGGCUAGCACCGUGACGGCCGCUCCGCCCCCUACUCCGGCCAUCAAGGAGCGUGCCGCGCAGGUUACCAUGGUGCUGCCACUGGGUACCGUGAUCGGUGCGUCGUCGAACGGCGUCGAGUCGUACAACGCGAUCCCCUUUGCCCAGCCUCCUACUGGAAAUUUGCGUCUUAAGCCCCCCGUUAAGCGGACGGCGUCCUACGGUGUGCUCGACGGCACCGGUCCUGCCGCGGCCUGCCCACAGUUUGUUGAGAGCACCAGCGGCUCGCUUCUGUCUUCGGUGAUUGGUACACUGGCCAACAGUCCGUUUAUACAGACGGCGACAGACCAGACUGAGGACUGUUUGACCAUUGAUGUCUACCGCCCUGCGGGCACGAAGGCGACUGACAAGCUGCCGGUCCUGUUUUGGAUUUUUGGUGGUGGCUUCGAGGUAUAG